AUGUAUAUUCGUUUACAAUGGAUUGUUCAAAUAUUUGUUGAUAAUGUUUCGACUGAAUCAUCGAUUGUAGCUAUUGUUAUGCCGCAUAAAGAAUACGUACGACAGAAUUUUAAAACAACAAUAACACUUUUUGACGAUGUAUGUAAAGAUACAAAAUCGAAACAAUUUAUCUUGAAUGAUUUACAACGAUUAGCUAAAGAAUAUAAAUUUAAAUAUCAUAAAUGUAUUAAAAAUAUACGUCUUCAUCUUGAUUUAUUUUCAAAAGAAAAUAGUUUCAUUACAUCUAGAUUAAAAACUCGUAGAACAAAAGCUUGA